AUGAAUCAUGGAAAAUCAGUUCAACAAUCUAAUGAUAAUUCAUUUUCAUCAGCCAUUAAUAAUCCAAUGAAUACAAUUAAUAACAAUAUCUCAUCAUCAUCACUAUCAAAAACAAAUACUAAUACCACUACUAUUGGUUUGAGUAAUACUCUCAAUUCCAGACCAAGUAUAAUUAAAAGUGAUAUUACCAAUAGUAUUUUAUCAAAUCCUUUAACAUUGGCAGAUAGAUUUAAGAGAUUGAAUGAAAAACAACCAACACAAAAGAAUGAUUCAAAAACUUCACUUCUAGUUACAAAAUCACUAUUUUCAAAUAAUAGUAAUAGUAGUAAUUUAAAUCUUAAUAAUUCAAUAGCAUUUUUAAAUAAGGAUAAUACUUCACCAAUUAAACCUAUAAGAGAAUCUAUAUAUGUAAAUAAUAAUGAAUCUAAAUUGGCAAGUAAUAUGAUCACUACUAGUACAUUCAAUCACAAUAAUAUAAAUGAUGAUAAUGGUGAGGAAGAUAUGUCAUUUACAAGAUUAAAUUCAACUAUAAUGACCAAUUCAAAUACAAAUAAUACCAAUACUAUUAAUAUAAGUAUUCCAAAUCUUAAUAAUACAAGUAUAAUGAGUGGUAGUACAUUUAGCCAUCAUCAUCAUCAUUCUAAAUCUCUUAAAACCACCACUACCAACACCACCCACCAGUGGUAA